AUGGCAUCUGUUCACUCAACUCACUUUUUGCCAGCGCCAAACACACCAGCCAAAAGGCAAGCUCGCGUCGAAAUCUUCAAUGAUGAGAACGAGAAUCCCUUCAUCGUCCAGUCUGCGCGCCACAACACCCAAGAUGGCGAGUCAAUGGGCUUGGACGAGCGCCCAGCAUCAAUAUUCACGAAUUCUUUACCAACCAAGAACGGCAAGCCCGCCAUCUCGUCUAUUUCCAAGACGAAAACACAAUUUCACGUCACAAAACUUAAUAAUGAUGAGAGAAAACCUGUGCAAACUCCUACCCCCCAGACCCCACGUCACCGGGACGCGUUCAAGGCGCCAGUCACCCCUCGACAUCGUGUUGCAAUCACUUUCAAACCCCUCACUCCACGAACCCCACGUACACCAGGAACACCGGGCGGCUCAAUUACCACCGUAUACAGUCAGGCGAGACAACUGUUUACGCGGAGUUCAGAGCCUGGUCGGCUUGUUGGGCGAGAGGCUGAGAGACAAGAAUUGUCAAGUUUCGUUCAGGAGCGCGUUGCCAAAACGUUCGGUGGAUGUAUAUAUGUUUCGGGUCCACCAGGAACAGGAAAAAGCGCCAUGGUCAACGAAGUCACUGGCGAUCUCGAGCAGUCACCAGUUAUGAAGAAGGCAUACGUCAAUUGUAUGAGUCUGAAAACGUCUAAAGACCUAUAUGGUAGUUUGCUGGAGAGCUUGUGCGACGAGGAGGUUCUGGAAGGAGAUGAGGUCAAGACCCUCCAAGAAAUGUUUGCGCCGAGGAAGAAGGCCAAGAACAUCUACGUUGUUACGUUGGAUGAAAUCGAUCAUGUCCUUUCCCUGGAUCUGGAAAUACUGUACAAGUUGUUCGAGUGGUCUCUACAGAAAACCUCACAUCUCAUCCUGGUCGGAAUCGCCAAUGCUUUGGAUUUAACGGACCGCUUCCUACCACGAUUAAAGGCCCGAAAUCUCAAGCCACAACUCCUGCCAUUCCUUCCUUACAGUGCAGCUCAGAUCAAGACUGUAAUCACUACUCGAUUAAAGUCACUCGUGACUGCAGAUAGUCUCACGCCAGAUUACCUUCCAUUCCUUCAUCCAGCAGCCAUUGAUCUAUGCUCUCGAAAAGUCUCAAGUCAAACUGGAGAUCUUCGAAAAGCAUUCGACAUCUGCAGACGGGCAAUUGAAGUGAUUGAGUCAGAAGUGAAGCAGAAGCAUGAACAGGCGUUGCAAGAAGCAAUGCUACAGAAUAGUCCUUCCAAGAAACCACUCGAGGAAAAUGUGAACUUGUCAUCACCAGUUGGUCUCCAAACAGGGGCUUUCACGAAGUCACUAGCACAGUCACUGGCCACCCUGACAGUCGAGACUGCUCCACGAGCGUCAAUUGCACAUGUCAACAAGAUCACUUCAUCAACCUUUGGAAACGGAGCAAACCAAAGACUCAAGACUCUCAAUCUUCAGCAGAAGGCCGCUUUAUGCGCUUUGGUGGCCCUGGAGAAGCGGAAAAGGAUGGCGGCGGCCAACGUCAUGGCAACGCCUUCGAAAUCGAACAACGUUGCUCCCACCAUCAAAGCAUUAUAUGACGUCUAUUGUACACUCUGUACUCGCGACUCUAUUCUCCACCCCCUUACAAGCACCGAGUUCAGAGAUGUGGUUGGGAGCUUGGAAACACUGUCUUUGAUCAGCGCUGUUGACGGGAGAAAUGGCUCAUUCGUGGGCUCAAGCACUCCAAGCAGGAAAGCGAGGAAGUUUGGCUCUGGUAUGGGUACUGGUGAUGAAAAGAGAGUCGGUAGCUGCGUUGGAGAAAAAGAGGUUGCACAGGCUGUAGAGGGCCUGGGUGCUGGUAUUUUGAAGAGUAUUCUCAAUGGCGAGGGACUUUGA